CCCCACCCCUUAUAUUGCUACUAUAAUAUCAUUUCUAUAUCAUUUCCAGUGGUAGCAACAAGAUUUCAAACUGGAUCCCUCAGAAGAACAAUGGAAAUCCCUGCAAGUCCAAGUUCAGACAUCCUAGAGAACCAGGAAACCUUGUUAGACUACGACGAUCUUUCUUCACCUAAGCACAAUCCACGCCCGGUUCGCCUUGUAAAAUCCAAACCAAAUAUGACCUGCAGACGCAAGCGUGAGUUUAUCUCUGAUGAAAAGAAAGACGCCUCCUACUGGGAAAAACGUCGCAAGAACAAUGAGGCAGCCAAGCGCUCCCGGGAGAAGCGAAGGCUUAACGACGUGGUUCUGGAGAACAGAGUUAUUGCACUGAAUGAUGAGAAUGUACGCCUAAAAACAGAACUAUUGCAGCUGAAACUCCGAUUCGGACUCAUCAGUGCAGCCUCCUAUAUGGAAAAGAGCCAGCAGAUUGGAGGACUGGUCAACGGGAACUCUGAAUGCUCCUCCUCCUCCUCAAGUCAUUUCUACUCUAAUGGCUACACCAGUGGUUCCCAGGUAAUGAUGAACUCUGAUUCCUCAGAAGCUGAGCAGUCUGGCCAAAGGGAAGGACGUGCUCAGUUAGUUAAGUACUCCCCUCGAGGUUCUCUCUCAGAUAUGUCUGAUGGCUCUUCACGUGAUAGUCCAGAACCAAUAAACUAUGAUGUUAAGGAAGAGGGAGCUGGACUGGAUAUGGAAAUUGCAAAUGGCACCACCACGCCAGUCAUGUUCAACAUCCAUCGUGAGUUUUCCACACCACAUCACCAACAUACCUUUCAAGCAGUACAUCACAAACAUCAACAACAGUGUCAGCACCAGGAGUCGGUCAUUUGUCCUGGUGCAACUCCAGGAAAGACUGCUCAGAGAAGUGUCAUCCUUUAUCGCUCCAGCAGUGUUUCUUAUCCUGUAGAGAGUCCAAACCAUCAGGAAAUCCCUCAGCUGCCACAGAUUCUGCCCCGACCUGAAGAGGGGUCAACUGAAUGCACUGAAAGCCUCACAAAGGUAACCAAACAGCUUGAGGGUAAAGGUUCGGACUUUCCAAAUUAUGAGUUCCUAGAUCGAGAAGCAGCAAUGAGACAAGCAUACAUGCCUCAACAUCAGCAGCUAGUUCUUGAUCCUCAGAAGGCAGAUGCUAUGGCACCAAACCUCUGCAGGGAAGAGGGGGGUGAAGAGCAUUACCCUCUCCUGUCAUUUGACAGCUCACAGGACAAAGAGCCCCCGGUGCUUACUUAUGAAGGUGGUUCCAGGAAAGAAAGUUACUAUCAGGGUCAAUCUGCAAAGGAUACCUCCUCAAGUGAAGGCGAUCCCCGCAGUUCUGACAAAGAUGCAUCCACUGAUGACGAGUGCCCAUCAUCAUCCUGUUCAGACACAGGCUGUUACCAGCAAUCUCCACUGGCUGGAGGACCGAAUUCCUCCCCACAAAGCCAAAGCAGGGACAGUCCAUCAGAGGUCAAAGCCACUGCACUUCCGCACAAACUACGUCUUAAGCACAAAACCAUGAGCAGUGCUGGAGCUGCAACUCAAGACUCACCAACUACACCACCAGCAUGUAUGCAGCCAUUACCUCAACACCCUUACUUGGCCUUGCCUCAGUCAAGCCAGCUUCAGGUUGGCUAGGAGAGGAAAGGUCCAGCCAGGUUCUACAAGCUGAGUCCUACAGGCUGGGAAAGAAGAGGUCCUGGUGUAUGCAGUAACAGAAGAUAACGGGCAGAAGGGACCCACUGUGGGUUGAUUGCUCACAGUGUACGGGGUUGUUGUAAAACUGUCACCUCCCUUCUCUGUGUGCAAAUUCACAAGCAUUAUCAUUUAGCGUCGCGCUCAUGCUGGCUGUCUGUUUGGGACCACAAAUGUGGACAUAAUGUGAGUCCCACAAGCAGGACAGAACUUUUUGGUACACUGUAUUAUACUGUAAAGACUGCUUUUUUUUAUUGUGUCCUUUAAUUAAAAAAGCACUUGUAAACAAAAGAGAUGAAUGAACUGUUCACACUGUUUCCCCCAUUUUCAAUUUAAUAUACCUGAUAGAUGAUGGCAUCAACCAUCUGUGAGGCCUAGUAACCCACUAACUGCAGAUAUUUAUAGUGGUUUGUGUACAUUGUUACAGCAAAUGACAGGGUGACUCUUCACCACAGAACAUACCAAACAUUUAAGCAUCCUGGGAAUGUUCCCUUUACCAAAGAAUGACAACAGCUUUAAGUUUUAUACCUUUACCCUACAUCUUUAUCCUUUUUUCCCCUUUUUAUAUUACAAACACACUCAAACAAACCCAACAACCACUUUCCUUUAUCUAAGCACUUGGUUUCUAUAUGACUGUGAUAUAAUUAUUAUAUAUAAAUAUAUAUUUUAAUGAGAAAAAUAAAAUGUUUUUGGAAAAAAGACUGUAAAAGAGCAAAAAAGAUUAGGAUGGCUCAUCAUUUGUCUUCAGACAUUUUGUAUAGUAUCAAUGUGUUAACUGUUUAAAAAGCCACUUUUUUAUUAUUUUUUAAAUUGACAUGACAUGAAAUGACAAAGUACGUUAAAAGAUCUGCAUAAUUAUAGAAAUUAGAUGAGAUUGGACUAGAACGUCAGUAUAAAAAAGCUGUUUUCUGAUUUUACAGCCAUGAUUUCGACCCAAACAUUUUUAGACACUUUUAGUUUGCUGAUGUUGAAAUGUCUUCUAUGGCCUCAGUCCCACAAAUUGUCCAGUAAAAUUAUUAAAAAUCUUAUUUAAAAGACAAAAGCAAUUACAUUUAAAUAACAGCCCCUUCAUAUUAUGUUAAGACAAGUCUGCUUAAGGCACUUAUGUAUAAAUGUAAAGUUUCUCUCGUCAUGGGCGACACUGUAUUCUGUGCUCUUUUUAAGUACGUGUGAAGUUUUGGGAAAAGCGUUGUCCUUUUUUAUGUAUUUGAUAAACACAUUCUUAACCUAUCACAUUCUUCAACCCUCCUCUCAUAUCAAUGUGUAUUAAAUCAGUGAUCAUUGUUUUCUGCUCAUGGUUUCAUGAAAAGAAAAGUGAAAAAAGAUUCAAAGGCACUGCUGUCACUAUGUCUGGAUUUGUGGAUGUGAAAGAUUUGUGAUGUAACAACACUAAUAUUCAUAAAAGAUAAUGGGUGCGUUCAAAAAAGAAUAAUAAAAAAACAUUGUUGCU